AAAAAUAAAAUACUUUCCCUGUUCUUCAAGCCAACAAAAAAAAAAAAAAAAAACUCCGAAAACCCAUAGUCUCUCGCUCUUUCGAGGUCGAUCCCCAACAGUAAUCCAAUCAUGCUGACAGUGAGUGUGAAAUGGCAAAAGGAAGUCUUUAAGGCUGUGGAAAUUGACACGAGUCAGCCUCCAUAUGUUUUCAAGUGCCAGUUGUUUGAUCUAACUGGAGUACCCCCUGAAAGGCAGAAGAUUAUGGUUAAAGGUGGCUUACUGAAGGAUGAUGCAGAUUGGUCUACAGUUGGGGUGAAACAGGGUCAAAAAUUGAUGAUGGUGGGAACUGCUGAUGAGAUUGUUAAGGCCCCAGAAAAGGGCCCUGUUUUUAUGGAAGAUCUUCCAGAAGAAGAACAAGUGGUGUCUUUGGGUCAUAGUGCUGGGCUAUUUAACCUGGGAAAUACCUGCUACAUGAAUUCCACAGUACAAUGCCUGCACUCUGUUCCAGAGUUGAAGUCUGCUUUAGUAAAGUAUUCACAUUCAGGAAGAAGCAACGAUUUGGAUCAGACUUCUCAUAUGUUGACAGUUGCAACUCGUGAUUUAUUUAGUGAACUUGAUAAAAGUGUCAAGCCAGUUGCGCCUAUGCAAUUUUGGAUGGUAUUGCGUAAAAAGUAUCCUCAAUUUGGCCAGUUGCAUAAUGGUGUAUUCAUGCAGCAGGAUGCUGAAGAAUGUUGGACACAACUAUUAUACACCCUUUCUCAGUCACUUCGAUCACCAGGUUCCAGUGAAAAUCUUGAUACUGUAAAGGACCUUUUUGGUAUUGAACUUGCAAGCAGGAUACAUUGCCAAGAGAGCGGUGAAGAAAGCUCUGAAACAGAAUCAGUUUACUCACUAAAAUGCCAUAUUUCACAAGAGGUGAACCAUUUGCAUGAAGGUCUAAAGCAUGGUUUGAAAUCAGAAUUGGAAAAGGCUUCUCCUGCCCUGGGGCGUAGUGCAAUUUACUUGAAAGAGUCUCGAAUAAAUGGCUUGCCAAGGUAUUUGACUAUUCAGUUUGUCCGGUUUUUCUGGAAGAGGGAGUCAAAUCAAAAGGCUAAGAUAUUGCGUAAAGUGGAUUAUCCACUGGAGUUGGAUGUUUAUGAUCUGUGUUCAGACGAACUUCGCAAACAAUUGGAAGGCCCUCGCCAGAUUCUGAGGGAUGAGGAAGGUAAAAAGCUUGGUUUGAAAGCUAAUGAGAAGAGCUCUGGCACUAAAGAUGAUGAUGUCAAGAUGACUGAUGCAGAGGGAUCAUCAAAUGCAAGUGGAGAAUCAUCUGCAACUACACCUCAAGAAGGGGUUCUCUCUGACAAGGAAUCACGUUUGACUGGGAUUUAUGAUUUGGUUGCUGUGCUCACCCACAAAGGUCGAAGUGCUGAUUCAGGGCAUUACGUUGCUUGGGUCAAGCAAGAAAGUGGGAAAUGGAUUGAGUUUGAUGAUGAUAACCCUAUUCCUCAGCGGGAGGAAGACAUUGUUAAACUGUCUGGAGGAGGUGAUUGGCACAUGGCAUACAUCUGCAUGUACAAGGCUCGAACCAUAGCGAUGUAAUAUUGUUUUGAUAUGUGGUGUACUUUGAUUUAUUUUUACAUUAAACGGGAACCACCGUCGUAUAUUGAGAAUUGUGAAAUGUCCAAAUAGAUUUUUGCAGAAUUGUGUUGUACUUAUAUACAUUGUCAUCCAUGCAGUUUCUAGGGUGUGCUUUUAAAUUUAUUGAAUUUUAAAUAAUAUGAUGGUAUUUAUUUGGAUAUCAUUUUGAUCAAGAGUGUCAAAAUUUACAAGAGAAGCUUAA